AUGCGCAAUCUGUCCAAAGGUCUCUCAUCGAUGAAGAGCAUUCCUGUGAAGGGAGUAAAUCCCAUAUUUACUCUCAACGCAGGAAAAGCGAAAAAGUCGGCCUUUCCCCCAACGUGCAAUGGAAUGGUCGAUUUAUGCAGAAGAAGAACUCUUCCUGGAAUUGCGUCCACGGGGGUCGAUCACACAGGAAGUAACCAAGGUAAGAAUAAUUUCAAUCGGGAAAGAGGUAUGAUGAUGUAUCGUUACUAUUCUGUCAGUACUCGUGAUGGACAUAAAUCACAGAGGGUUAAGCUUAAGGUGGAUCGAAGCAACGACAUGGACAACCCAGGAAGUUACCAGCCUAAUGAUACCUCUAACAAUCGCAGUCCAGUUUGUGACAAUUGGCUGAUGGCAAUCCCACUCCCCAACAAGGUGAAGCAAAACCUAAGUGCGUAUAUAACGCUAUCUAGACUUCACAUUCCUACAGGGGUAUACCUUCUCCUGAACUCAGCCCUGUACGGUUACUUCCUCACCCUCCCCGUGGAAAAUCUAUUUAUCUCCCCAGGGAAUGAACUAAAUUGGGAGUUCAUAUCCAAGAUAGGAAGAGACCUGGCCCUCUUCACCUUUGGAAGUAUCAAUAGCCGUAUCGCUGGGUGCAUAAUUAAUGAUCUCCUUGACAGAAAUUUUGAUAAGCAUGUUGAAAGAACAAAAAACAGACCACUAGCAAAUAACAGCGUUACUACAAGCCGAGCAUUUACGUACCUAGGUAUCCAUUCCGCAUUGUCCCUCCUAACCCUCUUUCAGUUUAGUAGUCAAACCAUUUACACAGGAUUAGUGUCGACCGCAUUCAUCAUUUCGUAUCCUUUAAUGAAGAGAAUAACUUGCUAUGCACAGGUCUAUUUGUCCAUCACCUUUAACCUUGGCUUUUUAAUUUCUUCCAGUGUGAAUGUACAGCUAGCUGCAAAUGUAUUUCCUCUAUGUGUCAGCUUCUUACCUUUGUGUUAUUUAACCAUUAUAUACGACACCAUAUAUGCUCACCAGGAUAGAAAGGAUGACAUAAAGUUGAAUUUGAAAUCAUUGGCUAUAAAAUGGGGGGAUAACACAUUGAAGUAUUCCAAGCUACUAGCUAUUAAUAUGAUCUAUCUCUUUUAUUUGUCUGGCUACCUCUUCGAUAUGCAUUACUCCUACUACGUCAUGUCGACUUGCAAUGUGCUUUACUUGCUACAUUGCAUUAAGGGGAUUUCUCUGCAUGAUCGGGAGAAGUGCAUGGCCUUCUUCAAGAACAGCAAGAAUAUUUUGAUACUCUUUGCGCUCUCCGCGUUUGUCGCUAAGGGGUGUCAAGCGUACCAGAGGUGGGAGGAGGGAACCCAGAAAGAUCAUCUCACAGGGAGAGAAGAUACUCAGAAGAGAGAAACGCAGGAAGGAAGCAUCUGA